AUGAGACUCACUAGUUCGCGAGCUUAUUAUCGACCGUCGCCACCAAAAAUGCCUCCAGGUUUAGUGGAGUUAAUGGAAGGAUUAACAAAAGAGGUGCUUAAACGCAAUCCGAGCGACAUUUAUGGAUUCUGUGCCGGCCAUAUGCAACAACUAUUGGAUAAAAGAGAUGGCCCCUCUCCUAAAAAAGCAUUACCAUUAGAAGAAAAAAUCACGAGAGCCCAAGGAAAGGUAAGACAAAGGGCCGAAAAUCGAAGAAAAGAAUACGAUAAAAAUGUCGUCGUGCAGCAACAAAAUAACAAUGUAACGUCAUUAAAUGACAUUAAAACAAACUUAAAACUAGAGGAUUCCAGCAUUGUUUUUGAUAAAGACAAUGACGAAGUUGCACAAAAUAAUGACAAUACUCAAAUCCGUCAGGACCAGGUGUUAAAAUAUUCGAAUGAAAUGGAGAUUGCAAACGAAUCUAGAUGGACUGUUUCUAAACAAACAGAAGAUGUAGAUGACAACAAAGAUAAUAAACAAAAUUUUGUAAAUGUACAGGAGGUCGAAACUGUUCAUCCUCAAAUUUCUGAAGAAGGUCAGAGCGCCACUGGAACUGAAUCUAAUCAGCAAAAUGGAAGUACAAUUGUUAACGAUAUUUCUUCAAAUAUGAAACCUGACAUUGAAACUGUAAAUAAGAACUUGAUCGACAAAAAUAUCCUCCUGCUAUAUGAUACCUCUAAAUUGUUAAAUGUUACUAACCAAAUAAAUGAAAACCAGGAUGAGAACCUAAUUAAACAUGAAGGGCAGUCCGAAAUUUAUCAUCAGAAACUCGAGCCCGCAGAAACCGAAUCCAAGAAAAGUUUGUAUGUUUGUGGUGUGGAUAAUAUUCCGAACGAAAAUAGUAAAGGAGAAAAUAUUACAGAUUCGAAAGACUCUAAACAGCCAGUUGAUAUACCAGUUGGAAUUGAGAAAAACCUAUCAGAAUCCUUUAACGCCAAACAAGUGAAUAUAGAUAAUUUCAAUGAUAAUGAAAAAGUUACAAUUAAAGACACACAACUACCAACUGACUUGAUAGAUAUGUACUUUUCUACUAGUCCCCACCACACUGAUGACAAUGUGAGACAACAUCAACAUACUAAAGAUGUUCAACUAUCCACUCCUGUUGACGAUGUACAGAAGUUAAAUGAUGCUACAGAUUCUUUUACUCAUAGUGAUGUUUUGAGAACAGACCAUCAUGACGAUGUAGAAGUGGAUAACGUCGAUGAUCCUCCAAAAAAUAAUUCUAAAAUCCUUCGAGAGUUAAUUGAAAAGGACAUCAUAGGGAAAUGUGAUGAUGUCAAAGGGUUGAAUAAUACUACAAACAGUGAUGAGAUCCAUGACCAGCAUAAGCAAAUUGCAAACAUUUUUGUGGGAGUAAAUAAUACUAUAGAGAAAAUGCAAACACCUCAAAUGGGUUUGCUAGAAACAGGUGUUGACAGCGAUAUCCAAACACUGGUGACUGAGAAUUCAGUGAAUGACACCUAUGAAAUAAAUGAUGUAGGUGGUACUUUACAACUUAAAAGAAUUACUUCGUUUGACGAUAUGGAUCAAGAAAAUGAGAAAAAUUCUAACUUAGAGCAAACUUCGGCCGAGAAUGUUUGUGAUCAUACCAAACAUUGUGAUAACGUUACCGUAUCUCCCAAAAAAGUAGCUGAUGUCAUGCGUGACAAUGAAUCAAAGAACGACGACACCAGUCAAGACAAAACAUCGACGAAAAUAUAUGAAAAUAAUCAAAAUGAGAAUCAAGGAACAAACAUGGACUUGGAAACUGCUGCCAUUACAAUUCAAAAGGUCUUUAGAAACUUUCUUUUUAAAAGUAGAGGUUCUACUUUCGAGGACACGGCUAAUGAUGAAGGUAACUUUAUGGAUGAAGAUAAUAAAAAUAAGGAAGAAUGUAAUUUUUCAAUGACAAAUUCGUUAAGCACAGAUAGAAGGGCACAUGGUAUUACUAGAAUGGAUACCGUGUUACAAACAGUUAAUGAAGAAAAGUCACUUUCGUUGUCAACUGACGAUUCUUCCACAUUGUCUAGUGCAGCUACUAUAAUUCAAGCUCAUGUUAGGGGAUUCUUAGCAAGGAAUAAAUUGAAUUCUAAUAAAACUGUAUCUUCUACAUCUGUAGCUGCUAGUAAUUCAAAUGAACCCUCCUACACCUCAAUAGAAGCUGGGAGUGAUCAAAGUAAGAAUAAGAACGUUCUAAACAUUCACAUUGUACCUGAAGGAGAAAACUAUUUAAGCAGAGAUGAAAGUUUAAUUACGUCAAUGGACUUGUCUUUAGAUAGCCCCCCUUCUUCCAUUAAUCUGCACCCUUUAGGUUACGACAAGAGUGAAAGAAGAAAGUUAAAACGGGAAGAUGCCAUACAAUCUAUUUCACCUCCAAGUAAUAAUAGUGGAAAAUUAAGUGAAGAUUUGGAUUCUGUAAAAGAAUUACCAGCAAGUGCUCAUGACUUAGCUUCUCAUCUGGUAGAUGACAUUAAUAAAGAAAAUAACAAAAGUAUACCAAUAGAGAAAGCUUUAACGGCCACUGACACAAAAAUAAAUGAAACUAUUGAAACUAGUGAUUAUAAAACUCUACAUCCACAAAGAUUUUCGAGCAAAAAAGAAUCUUUAACAAAAAUUAAUUUUGAUGAAACUGAUGUUGUAACACCGUUUGUCUCCAAUGAGGAUUUGACAAGUUUAAAGUUAACGCAUUCAGGGGAGUUUCAUGACGCUGUACUUCCAACUAGGGUGUCACGCAGUGACACUUCAGUCGUCAGUGAAUUCAAGAAUGUACUGGUGUAUUUUUUGCUUUGGAAUCAUUCAUAA